AUGGAGCUGCAACAGCAGCGGCUGCUACUUGCUGAGGGCCCUUCGCGGAACCCGUUUGCCCCGACAGGAACAGCAGCAGCAGCAGCAACAGCAACAGCAGUGGGGUGCAGCAGCAGCAGCAGCACGGGCAUGCCGGUUGUUGCUGCUGCUGCUGCAUCUCCCUUUGCACGCCCGUCGGUGUCGUCCUUAGAUAACAGCAACCCCAACAUGCUGCCUGGGAGAAGUAGGGGCAGCAACAGCAACAUCAACAGCAGCAGCAGCAGCAGCAAGAGCGGCAGCAGCAGCAGCAUCACCGGCUUCGACUCGGUGUCGGCGCGGCUUGCUGUUGCAGCAGCAACGCCAAUAAACAGCAGCAGUAGCACCACGGGGGAUGACCCUUCAUCAAUCCUCUCUUGGCAGCAGCAACAGCAGCAGAUGACUGCUGCUGAGCUGAUCGCCUCAGGAUUGCACACCAGUACUCAGCAGCAGCAGCAGCAGCAGCAGCAGCAGCAGCACAGACGCCCUCUGGGAGUCAGCAACAGCAGCAGCAGCAGCAGCAGCAGCAGCAGCAGCACUGGUCUGGCGCUUACUCAAGGCAGCCAUUGCCCGAGCAACAGCAGCAGCAACUUGACGUCUCUGCUGCCGCCAAGCAGCGCAGCAGCGCGCUCUUGCGGCAGCUUUGCAGCUGCUGCAGCACGCCGAAGCAGCAACAGCAGCCCCAGCAGCAGCAGCGGCGACAACAGCACUGCUGCUGCGGCAGCAGCUACUGCAGCAGCAGCAACGAGAAGCAGCACAGCAGCAGCAAGAACUAUAGCAGCAUCUCGGGAGCUUCUAGCCCGCGUGGGCCUUGUGCUGGGCGCCAGCGGCCUAGCAGCAGCAGCAAGCCCAGCUCCAAGUACUACUACUACUGCUGCUGCUGCUGCUGGUGCUGCUGCUGAGCCUGCUUUUGCUAGUUCCCGGCCUGCCUGGCUGCAGGCUCCAACGGUUGCUGCGCCUGCUGCUGCGCCUGUUGCUGCACCUGCUGCUGCUUCCGCUGCUGCACCUGCUGCUGCUUCUUCUGCUGUUGCUGGGCUUCAGAGCUCCACUUUUGCAGGAUAUUCCUCUGCAGCGCCCCUGCUGCGCAGCAGUCAGCAGCAGCAGCAACAGCAGCAGCUGCUGCGGCAUGCGCAUAGGCCGUCUGCUGCUUCUGAGGUUCUCGCAUGGUCGUGGUCAGAUGAGGGGGCUGAGGCAGCAGCGCAGCUUCUGCUGCUGCCGCCGCAGCAGCAGCAGCAGGAGCAGCAGCCUGUGCAGCAGCAGCAACUCGGGUAUGCGGCUUAUUCCUCUGGGAAAGCGCUAGGCAGCAGCAGCGGCAGCAGCAGCGGCAGCAGCAGCGGCAGCAGCAGCAGCAGUGAAGACGCAGCAGAUUCAACUGGAAGCUUCUCUCCCUACGGAUCUUCUGUGCCGCAGGAGCGGCCUUUGCUGCAGCCCCCCAGAGCAGCAACAACAAGCCCAUCUGUUGCUCCUGCUGCUAUGUCGCCUGACAGCAGCAGCAGCAACAGCAGCAGCAAGCCGCGGGCGCUGACAGAGAGUGCGUUUGCUGCUGCUGCUGUAGGCGUUGGGAGCCGCUGCACAACUGCAGGAGGCACGGCGGAGUCUGUGACGCCAUCUCCAGCUUCAAGUGCUCACGCUUGGCAGCAGCCGCUGCAGCAGCAGCAGCAGACGCUGCAGCAGCAGCAACAGACGUCGCAGCAGCAUCACCAGCCGCUGCAGCAGCAGCAGCCGCUGCAGCAGCAGCAGCAGACACUGCAGCAGCUGCAACAGGAGCCGCUGCAGCAACCGCAACAGCAACAGCUACAGCAGCUGCAACAGCAGCCGCUGCAACAACAGGAGUCGUUGCAGCAACAGCUGCUGCUGCAGCAACAGCAGCUGCUGCUGCAGCAACAGCAGGAAGGUUUCGAAAAGCAAAGCCACUACGACAGCCUCGCACGAGGGGCUCCCCGUUGGCUUCACGAGGCAGAAGCAGGCCACUUUCAGCAGCAGCAGCAUGAUUUGCAGCAGCAUGGACUGCAGCAGCAGCAGCAAGAGCAGCAGCAGAACAGUGGAAGUCCUUCUGCAUCAUCUUUGGCUUCUUCUGAGGUUGAGGCUGUGGCAGGAGCUCUUGAGGGCCGCCCUGAUGCUGCUCCGGGUCUGGUCGCUUUGGAGUAUCAGCAGCAGCAGCAGCAGCAGCUUCACCUGCAGCAGGAGCAGCAGCAGCUGCUGCUGCUGUCUCCCACGAGGCUGCAUCGGCCCUACCCCACCUUGCUAGAUCGGCCUCAGGCCCUGCAUGUGCGCAGCAGCAGCGACCGCGGCAGCAGCAGCUCGUUGCUGUCGCUCCCUAGUGUGUCUGCUGCUGCUGCUGCUGCAGAAGAUUACCAACAGCCCCCUGCUGUAGCAUGCAGCAGCAGCAGCAGCAGCAGGUGGCUGCAGCAAGCAGCUCCACCUCUAGCUCAGACUGCAGAUUUCGGGCACCUCUAUGAGGACUCAUCGCAUGCGUCCUCCCCUGCUUCCUCUGCAGCAGCAGCAGCAGCAGAAGCAGCAGCAGCAGCUGCAGCAGGCGGAGGCCAGCUGGCGCUUCUGGCGUCGCCAGCUCCCUCCUUUGGCAGCAGCGGGAAGGCGUUUCUGCCUGCUUCUCCUGCUGCUGCUGCUGCUGCAUCAGAAGAAGCCAGUUCACCGUGGCCGCAGCUGCCGCUGCAGCAGCAGCAGCAGCAGGUGCAGGUCUUGCAGCUGCUGCAGCAGCAGCACGUAGCGGAGAUUCGCAGCAGCCGAGAGAGACUCAGAGACAGCCUGUGGCCUUCGCUGCAGCGGCUGGACCGGCUGCUGCAUGCAGCAGAGCUGCAGCCGCUGCAGCUGUGGCGCGCAGCAAGCCGCUGCCACCCGCCGCUGCCGGAAGCAGCAGCAGCAGCAGCAGAGCUGCAGCAGCAGCAGCAAGAUAGGUUCGUGCUGGAAAUUGAAACUACUGAGGUGUACGUACAGCAUGUCGUAGAGUGCUGCUCCCAGGCCGUGUCUCAGGCCCUGCAGGCGCACCAGGCCCGGGGGCAGCUGCUGCUGCAGGUGCAGCAGCUGCAGCAGCAGCAGCAAGCUGCAGCAGCUAAGCACAAUGAGACGCUCUCUCGCCUCCGCAAGCAAAACGACGCUCUUGCCGCUGAGGCGGAUGCUGCUCGUGCUGCAGCAGCAGACCUGCAACACCGGGUCGCUGCUGCUGCAGCACUGCAGCAACAGCUGUUGACAGCAAAACAUAAAAACGAGGAGCUGCAGCAGCAGCUGCAGGAGGCAAAGAAGAAGGCUCAGCUGCAGCGGGAAAUGCUCAACGACAGGGACAACCAGCUGCGAUUGCUGGAGCAGCGGGAAGCAGCAGCAGCGCGGCAGCAGCAGCAGCAGCAGCAGAGAGCUGCCAAGGCGCUGCAGUCGGGAUUGCUCUCUCGGCGAUCUCCUGCUGGCAGCAACCAGCAGCAGCAGCAGCUGCAGAAGAGGGAGACUCUGGAAAUCGUUAGGCAGUAUGAGGCCAAGGUGGAGGCGCAGCAGCGGGAAAUCCAGGGACUUGCUGCAGCGCUGAAGGUGGCGCAGCAACAGCUUCAGCAGCAGGGUGGCAGCGUUGCAGCAGAUGCAUCUGCAGCCGCUGCAGCAGCAGCAGCGACGGCAAUAGCAGCAGCGACAGCAGAAGCGGAGGAGGAGAAGGUUGCUGCUGCUGAGCUGCGUCAGAGAGAGCAGCAGCUGCAGCAGCAGGUAGAGCAGCUGCAGCAGCAGGUGGAUCAACUGCAGCAGCAGCUGCGGCAGCAGCACAAACAGCAGCAACAGCAGCACAAACAGCAACAGGAGCAGCAUGACAUACAGGUAGCAGCUCUUCGAUCGGAGGCGGCAAUGCUUAGUGAAGCUCUUGAGAAAGAAAAACGGGACAGAACGAAGCUGGAAGUUGCUGCUGCAGUGCAGAAGCAAACGGACGAGAAGGCAGUAGCGGAUCUGCGAGCAACAAAAGAGGAGUUGGAGGCGGAAGUGGCGAAGCUUCGCUUGAGGCCUUCUACAGAAGAAGUCACGGCCCUGCACGAACAGCUGCGGGAGCUACAGGAGCAGCUGAACCCUCUAAAGGACUCAGACGGCUGCGGCGAUCCGCGGCUGUUAAUGCGCUGCGACAAGGCGCUGCAGAGCAUGCAGCGAGAAACGCUGCAGCAGCUUGUCAAGAGCUGCUGCGUGGCCUUCCGCUGCCUGCCCUCAAAUCUGCCGGGCGUGGCUUUGCUGCAGCACCAGGGGCCUGCGCUGCAGCAGCAGCUGCUGCAGGUGCUGCUGGCUCUUGUUCUUGAGUCAGUGCCCCCCUCCGACGCGGAACUGGUGAAGGUUUUAAGGCGGCGGCUGAAGCAGCAGGGGGUGCGCGGUGUUGGUACAGCUGGCUGCAGCAGCAGCCUGCAGCAACAGAAGCUGCUGUUCAUUGCCAGGGCUCUGUGUCGGCUCAAGUGCCAAGCAAAGGCCCUGCGCAACUACUCCGAGCUGCAGCAACUGGUGCAGGAGCUGGCGGGCACCCCAGGGUCUUGCCGUGUGUCAGUAGAAGAGCAACUGCAGCAGCAGCAGCAGCAGCAGCAGCAGCAGGUUGUUGCUUUGCUCGAGGAGGGCUGCAACAUGCAGCAGCAGCAGCUGGAGCCCCUCGACCUGCUCCAGCAGCACGAGCCCACAGAGGAGUUCUUCUCCCGCCUGGUGCGCCUGCAGCAGCAGCACGAGGGGCAGCAGCGGGACAUGCUAGCAGCAGCAGCCGCAGCCGACGCUCGGGCGGUGUCAUGCGUGCGGCAGCUGCUGCAGCAGCAGCAGCAGCUGCAGCAGCAGCAGCAGCAGCUGACGGCGGAGCAGCAGCAGCAGCAACAGUUCCUCUCCGACCUCCGCAGCCGCCUCGGGUUCAAAACCCUAGAUGAGUGUAUCGCAGGUGUACAGACAGCUGUUCGCCACCACCGACCCCUCGACACUCUCUUCAGAUCUGUCUGCGACCUUCUCGGCGUUCCCCGCAGCACAGCUACUUGCUCUCAGGUGGAAAGAGAAGUGAUGCGGCUGCUGGAGAACAACAAGCAGCACGCCGAAAUGCUGCAGCAGCAGCAGCGUCUCAUCGUGCAGCAACAAGCGAUAAUAUUAAGCAGCAACACGCUUGUUGCCCCCGCUGCAGUUGCUGCAGCAAAUGCUCAGCUGGCAGCAGCAGACGCUGCUGCUGCCGCUCAGGCGCAGGCGCAGCUUCCGGCAGCAGCACCACAACAGCAGCUGCAGCAGCAGCCACAACAGGCUGCAGCAGGAGCUGCAGCAGCAACAGGUGAAGAGCAAAUCUCUGCUGCGUCUAAAGAGACAGUUGCACGCGUUUUAGGCGAGCUGCUGCAGUCAGCCAUUCAUGGCCGGCCUGCCGUGAAUGCAGCAGCAUAG